AUGGAAGCAAAAAAUCACCACAUAAUGAUGUUUCCAUGGCUGGCCUUCGGCCACAUGAUACCCUUCUUCGAGUUAUCGAAGCGAUUGGCAGCGAAAGGGAUGUUUGUUUCAUACGUUUCCACCCCAAGAAACCUGCAGAGACUACCUCCCAUCCCAUCAUCUUUAGCAGCCAAGAUGGAGCUUCUCGAGCUCCCAAUGCAGCCGGUUGAGGGACUACCGGAGAAUUGCGAGGCCACCAUGGAUAUCCAGAAAGCGCAGACGCCGUUCCUCAAGAAAGCGCACGACAUGCUAGCCGAGCCAUUCGAGCAUCUGCUCCAGAAGGCAGUGCCAAUGCCGGAUUUGAUAAUUGUUGACUUUGCUGCAUACCGGAUUUUGGAAGUUGCGGCCAAGUAUGGCGUGAGCACCGCGUUUUUCAGCGUGUACACGGCUUCCACGCUGGAUUACUUGGGGUCACCGGCUGAGCUCAAGGACGGGAAGCAACGCCCGGGUCCUGAAUGCCACGCCAAGCCACCGGAUCGGAUGAUGCGCAACACGCACGUACCUGAUGUAUCAGGCGUGUCCAGCGGCCAACGUUUGGCGAAGGUUGUUGAGGAAAGCAGCUUCGUUUUGGUGAGGAGCUGCGAAGUGUUCGAGGGCAAAUACUUAAAUCUAAUACGAGAACUAUAUCAGAAGCCGGUUUUACCUAUUGGAUUACUCCCUCCGAUGACAGAAGAGAGCGAACAGGCAUCCACUGACUCGAGCUGGGCCAGCACCUGCAAAUGGCUAGAUGGGAAAGAACCAAAGUCAGUAUUGUUCGUAGGGUUCGGGAGCGAGUACAAGAUGGCCCUCGAGGAAAUACACGAAUUAGCAUAUUCAAUUGAGCUUUCGAGGCUAAAUUAA